UCUUUUACAAUACUAGAAAAAUAAAAAGAUGUCGUUAAUGAGAAAAAAGAAAAAUCAAGAAAUUUGUAUAUAAGUAGACUAGAAGGUCGCUAGCUAAGAGUACAUUUCACAUACCACUGUCUCCUUGAAAGUAGUAACUGGAGCCGUGGAGAUCACUUCCUUUACCAAACCCCAAUAUCAUUCUCUCUCUAACUCUGUCUGCAAAAUUUUAAAGUUCUGGGUUUGCUUGUUUAAAUUUGCCAAGUGAAUAGAUAAAAGAAUGGGGAGGAUUUCAAUACCCAUUUUGGGAUUUCUGCUAUUAUGUUGCUUAGCAGCAGCUGCUGCUGCUGCUGGAGAAACUAAGUAUCUGAAAUACAAAGAUCCGAAACAACGAUUGGGAGUCAGAAUCAAAGAUUUGAUGAAAAGAAUGACUCUUGAAGAAAAGAUUGGCCAAAUGGUGCAGAUUGAGCGUGCUGUUGCAACCCCAGAUGUAAUGGAGAAGUAUUUCAUAGGGAGUGUGCUGAGUGGUGGAGGGAGUGUGCCAGCACCAAAGGCGUCAGCUGAGACUUGGAUCAAUGCAGUGAAUACUAUCCAAAAAGGGGCUCUGUCGACCCGGCUUGGAAUCCCCAUGAUUUAUGGAAUUGAUGCUGUUCAUGGUCACAACAACGUCUACAAGGCUACCAUAUUUCCUCACAAUGUGGGGCUUGGAGUGACCAGGGAUCCUCAGCUUGUGAAAAGAAUUGGAGAAGCAACUGCUCUUGAAGUUAGAGCUACGGGAAUCCCUUAUGUUUUUGCUCCCUGCAUUGCAGUUUGCAGGGAUCCGAGAUGGGGCAGAUGUUAUGAAAGUUACAGUGAAGAUCAUAGAAUAGUCCAAGCAAUGACUGAGAUUAUACCGGGUUUACAAGGAGACCUCCCUGCAAAUUCUAAAAAGGGCAUUCCCUUUGUUGCUACUGGAAAGACCAAGGUUGCAGCAUGUGCCAAGCACUAUGUAGGAGAUGGCGGCACGUCGAGAGGUAUCAAUGAGAACAAUACUGUGAUAAGCUUGAAUGGUUUGCUCAAUAUCCACAUGCCAGCAUACUUCAAUGCCAUCAGCAAAGGAGUUGCAACAGUCAUGGUUUCCUACUCAAGCUGGAAUGGAAAGAAGAUGCAUGCUAAUCAUGAUCUUGUCACUGGAUUCCUCAAGAACAAGUUGAAGUUCCGGGGGUUCAUGAUAUCAGAUUGGCAAGGUAUUGACAGGAUUACCUCUCCUCCUCAUGCCAAUUAUUCAUAUUCCGUUGAAGCUGGAGUCGGUGCUGGAAUUGACAUGGUCAUGGUUCCAUAUAACUUCACGGAGUUCAUUGAUGACUUAACCUAUCAGGUGAAGAACAAAAUUAUCCCCAUGAGCAGGAUUAAUGAUGCUGUACAAAGGAUUUUAAGGGUUAAAUUUACCAUGGGCCUUUUUGAGAACCCACUAGCUGAUCUCAGUUUAGUCAACCAACUUGGCAGUCAGGAACAUAGAGAAUUAGCAAGAGAAGCUGUAAGGAAAUCACUUGUGCUGCUAAAGAAUGGUGAGUCUGCUGAUAAACCAUUGCUGCCCCUUCCCAAGAAAGCACCUAAGAUACUAGUUGCUGGAACCCAUGCUGACAACUUGGGCAAUCAAUGUGGAGGCUGGACAAUCACAUGGCAGGGUCUCAAUGGCAAUGACCUGACAUCUGGUACUACAAUUCUAAAUGCGGUGAAACAUACAGUUGAUCAUACCACCCAAGUUGUCUAUAGCGAGAACCCAGAUCCAAAUUUUGUCAAGUCUAACAAAUUCUCCUAUGCCAUUGUUGUUGUUGGUGAGCCACCAUAUGCAGAAACUUUUGGUGACAGCCUUAAUUUGACAAUACCUGAACCUGGCCGGAGCACUAUCAACAAUGUUUGUGUAUUUGUAAAGUGUGUUGUUGUAGUCAUAUCUGGCCGGCCUGUUGUCGUCCAGCCAUAUCUUUCAAAUAUAGAUGCUCUGGUAGCUGCUUGGCUCCCAGGAACUGAAGGCCAAGGUGUUGCUGACCUUCUGUUUGGUGACUAUGGAUUCACUGGCAAGCUUGCUCGCACCUGGUUCAAAACAGUAGACCAGCUCCCCAUGAAUGUUGGUGAUCCGCAUUACGACCCUCUGUUUCCCUUUGGGUUUGGUCUGACAACUAAGCCAGUCAAGAACUAAAACUUGCUAAACUGCAAGGCUGGUAUCGCAUUAGUAUCUUGGAGCUUUACAAGGGGUUCAACCUGUAAACAAAAGAAUGGUGACGAGGUGGAAGAAUGUUCCAAUUUCUAUCGAAUUGGUUUUAAAAUUAAGGAAUUAUAGCUGAGAGGUAUGAUUUCUAGAGGACUUUGAAGAGUGCUAAUGAUGAACGGACUUGAAAAAGCUGCUUCUCUUUGCCUCUUCUGUUUUGGUUUCUUAUCUUUUUCAUCCUUGUCUUUACUGGUAAUUACUAUUUGUCUUCUGCAUCUUUACAUAUUUCACUCUUACCCCUUGGCAUCUAAAUAUUAUAUGUUUCAUCUUUUUA